AUGGCUUUUAAUAUUUUAAUUUGUCAGAGAUCAUUAUUUAUCAAUAAUAACAAUUCAUCACUGCCACUAAUUUCACAACAUUUUUGUUUAAAGAAGUCAUUUAACUAUAAAAAAUCAUCAUGUAAAUCACCAUUGAAAUUAAAUUAUGUUCAUAAAAUUUAUAAUUCUACACCAUCAUCAAAUAAUUCAUCAUUACUUGUAAAAGAAAAACCAAUAUCUAAAAAAUUUUAUGAAAUAAUUAACAGUAUAAAAGUUGGUGAUGGUAAAGAAGUAUUAACUUCUGCAACAAAAGUGUUAAACGAUUUUACAGGAUAUUCUGUUGUAGAAGACUUAAAGAAAAAGGUUAUUCAACAAGAGAAUAAAUUGGCAGAAGCACGAAAACAACUUGAAGAUGCAAAACUUUCAUAUGAGAACGCCAUAUCUAUAAGAUCAAAUACACAACGUGAAGUUAGUGAAUUAUUACAACGUAAACAUUUAUGGACAAAUGAUGAUGUGAUCAGAUUUACAGAAUUGUAUCGUAAUGAACAUUUAAAUGAACAAAAAGAGGUGGCAGCCAAAGAUGAAUUUCAUAAAUGUGAAAAAAUGGUUGAGACAGGUUACACCGAAUUGACUAGGAUGAUGAUGAUGAGGUAUCAUGAAGAACAAGUUUGGAGUGACAAGAUUCGUAGUGCAUCUACAUAUGGUACAAUUUCCUUGAUAUUGCUUAAUUUUAUAUUGUUUAUUUGUGUACAAACUGUUUUUGAACCAAGGAAAAGACAAAAAUUGGCUGAUAAAUUUGAAGAAUUACUUAUUGUAAGGUCAAAUGAAGAAGAGGGUAGACUUAAAAAUGAUAUUUUUCAAUUACUUAAAGAACAGUUACAAAAAUUGGAAAAAAGAUUUAAUGAAUUACUAAAUGUUUCAACAAUAACAACAGCAACAUUACCAUCAUCACUGAUUUCAAAUGAGCCUAAAGAUAUAAUAAUUGAGCAAGAAACAGCAGUAAAAGAUAAUGAGCAAGGUGUUAAUAAUAAUCCUGAUGAAAUUGAAGCAAUAAAUUAUUCUGAUUCUUCCUCAACUUUAAAUCUUAUUAAGCAAAAUAACCCAAAAAUUGUCCAUUUGUCAACUGAUGAGUUAGAAAAUAUUACUAUCAUUUCUGCUAUAUUGGGAGCCUCUGUGGGUAUACUACUUAGCCUAGCAUUUAAUGAAAUAUUUAGAAGAUGA